CCAGUGAAGGUCACUACAUCUGUAAUGGAAACGUAUUUCCAAAUUGCCCCAAUAAUCGUGUCAGAUGUAAAUGCAGCUGUUUGCUCCGCCCCUUGUGGUAUAUUGUAAAACCGUGUACAGUUGAGGACCACUCAAUAUCGCAGUUUUGUUUCCACGGAGACGCGUCUAGGGGGGAAAAAGAGGGGAGAGAGAGCACGGGGAGACAGACGGCGGGAUUACGCUCAGACAGACACGAUGCGCGCUUUGGGUGAAUCGCGACCAUAAACCAUUUCCUGGUAAGACGGUCAACUGUCACACCGACUCGACGCCAGCAGAAGAAAAACAGUCCCUUGAGGAUAGCAACAACCGAUGUUUCAUGCAUCUCUGUCCACAGAAUAAGUUGAUUGACAAGCCUGUCGUCUAAUCGAAUCGUCGCCAUGAUUGCAACAGGGGGCCUCCUGCGUAUAAACCGGCGCCAGGACUCCCAGCACUCUAAGAACCAAGCUGAGAACAAGAGGAAACGAGCCAAGGGAAAGAAGAACCAUGUAGUGGUGGUGAAGGGGAAUCUCAACCUGUGUUCCCGGCCUGGGCUGGUGGCCACGGUGGGAGUGGUGGUGUUGAUGCUUGGGAUGGCCAUGGCUGUACUGGGCUACUGGCCACAUGAAGGCCACAGCCAGGGGUAUGCAUCCAGGGUAUCACCAGCGGAGGAGCAGAGAGACAACGGCAGGAUGAGCUACUCUAAGAGCCGCCUGGUGUCUGUCACCUGGGACAAUAAUAAGGACAACAACACAGCCAAUCAGACUCUUGGGGACUUGACCAACCAGACUGUUGGGGAGUUGACCAACCAGACUGUUGGGGAAAUGACCAACCAGACUGUUGGGGACUUGACCAACCAGACUGUUGGGGAGUUGACCAACCAGACUGUUGGGGAGUUGACCAACCAGACUGUUGGGGACUUGACCAACCAGACUGUUGGGGAGUUGACCAACCAGACUGUUGGGGACUUGACCAACCAGACUGUUGGGGACUUGACCAACCAGACUGUUGGGGACUUGACCAACCAGACUGUUGGGGAGUUGACCAACCAGACUGUUGGGGACUUGACCAACCAGACUGUUGGGGACUUGACCAACCAGACUGUUGGGGACUUGACCAACCAGACUGUUGGGGAGUUGACCAACCAGACUGUUGGGGAGUUGACCAACCAGACUGUUGGGGAGUUGACCAACCAGACUGUUGGGGAGUUGACCAACCAGACUGUUGGGGACUUGACCAACCAGACUGUUGGGGAGUUGACCAACCAGACUGUUGGGGACUUGACCAACCAGACUGUUGGGGAGUUGACCAACCAGACUGUUGGGGACUUGACCAACCAGACUGUUGGGGACUUGACCAACCAGACUGUUGGGGAGUUGACCAACCAGACUGUUGGGGACUUGACCAACCAGACUGUUGGGGACUUGACCAACCAGACUGUUGGGGACUUGACCAACCAGACGAGUGUCGAGUUGAUGAACCAGACAAGUGUUGUUGUCAAUGGAAGUUUACCUGUACCUGUUAAUGCUAGUGUACUUGUAUCGGUAUCUACCCCUCCUAUACCUUCAGGUGGGUUACUCUCUGAGUUCUUGGACAACUAUCUGUACUCAGACAACCUGAAGGUGUUUGGGCCUUUAGUCAUGGGGAUAGGCAUAUUUAUCUUCAUCUGCGCAAACGCCGUGCUUCACGAGAACAGAGACAAGAAGACCAAAGUCAUCAACCUCAGAGAUAUCUACUCCACGGUCAUCGACCUCCACAGCACACGGACCAAGGACUACUCGCCGAGUAACGGACUGGUCGACUACGUACAGUCCAGAGGGUCUUUCAACCCCGGUGGAAUGCUAGAGCUUGGUUGCGGCUCCUGGCUUUCCAAUACCGGGUCCGGCCACCAGGGGGAGUCCGUCAGCACUGAGCAGCAGUCCAGACGACCAUCGAUGGCUGGGAGGCAGCGUAGCUGGUCUAGAGACAACCAGAUAUUCACAGACACUGUCUACAGUAUCUCCAGGGACCAAAAGCGCAGGUGUUCGGAGCAGGUGCCCUACCCGAGACACUGGGACUCAGAGCAGGCCUCACACCCCAGUCAGUGGGACUCAGAGCAGGCGUCACACCCCAGUCAGUGGGACUCAGAGCAGGCCUCACACCCCAGUCAGUGGGACUCAGAGCAGGCCUCACACCCCAGGCAGUGGGACUCAGAGCAGGCCUCGCACCCCAGGCAGUGGGACUCAGAGCAGGCCUCGCACCCCAGGCAGUGGGACUCAGAGCAGGCCUCGCUCCCCAGGCAGUGGGACUCAGAGCAGGCCUCGCUCCCCAGGCAGUGGGACUCAGAGCAGGCCUCGUUCCCCAGGCAGUGGGACUCAGAGCAGGCCUCGCUCCCCAGGCAGUGGGACUCAGAGCAGGCCUCGCUCCCCAGGCAGUGGGACUCAGAGCAGGCCUCGCACCCCAGGCAGUGGGACUCAGAGCAGGCCUCGCUCCCCAGGCAGUGGGACUCAGAGCAGGCCUCGUACCCCAGGCAGUGGGAGGGUAUAGGCUCCAUCGUCUCUUCAUCUGUCAAAGCUUUCAAGCUCCCUGUCAUCAAACUGAACAACUGUGAGGUGGAGGAGAAGGGGGUACAGGCCGAGAGAGUGGAGACAGAGGGGUGCUUGGUGGAGGAGGAGGGGGGACAGACCCGAGAGCGAGGAGACAGAAUGGUGCUUGGUGGAGGAGGAAGGGUGAUGAUGGAGAUGGGGUCUCGCCUGUCACUCAACUCCCUCUCCUGCCCGGGGGGGACCAGGUUGGCACGACGAUGCAGCCUCAGCGUAACUGUCUGUCGUCAAGGCAGCAGGGCCCGGCGGCUCAGCUGUCCACGUCUGGAGAGGUCGAACAGUAAGCGAUACAUCAAACUGGAAACCAUGGGCGGAGAGUCCUUCGAGGCAGUGGAUGUAGCAACUUCCUGUGUGCCCGACUCGAACCAGGAAGAGGAAAGGGAGGUAGCAGUAGUUCAGGGAGAAGAAGAAGAAGGAGGGGGAGUAACAGUCAAUCUUAGCUCUUCUUUAUCUGAACUCUACUGUAAUCCCCAGCUCUUCAACAGAGGAACCCUAAAUAGUUGUGCCUUGGCAUGUUAUCAUUUAGACGGAUAUCAAUAGGUAAAGACAGUGCUCAAACCCUGUCUAGAAUCAAGGUGCGGCCUAAAGGAACUCGGGAGAUCAGAGGCGAGGGUGUGAUCAGAGUGGCCCCCAGCUCUUCAACAGAACUCUAGACACAUAUGACAUGUCUUGUCAUGUUAUCGUUUCUAGAUAGAACCCUGUCUUUCCUAUGUGUUUGGGAUCGAGGUUUCUACUGUAGCUGGAUCUACACAGUUGAUGGGAAUAGAACGUGGACGCUGGUAUAUAUAUAUAUAUAUAUAAGAUCAUUUUUUUUUUAGGUCUGAAAGCCGUGGACACCGUUGACUUUCAGAUCACUUUCAUUAGGUUUGAGUAAUAACAUGCUCGAAUCUAGGUUGUGCCUUUAGAUUUUGAGAAAAUUAACAACUAAGGAAUAAUUUUCAACGUCUCUCAUUGACUUCUCGAAACUCAAAUCCCGGCCUGGUCCGUUUGGUCUGUUGCUCAAGCGUUCCCGGAAAUCUCGCGAUGUUGCGUAUCUGGGUUUAAAAACUCUGUGGUCGUAGUGCCUGUAAAAACUUCCCACCGAAGCAAGGCAGUUGUGAAGAAAACAAUUCUGCGAGCAGCGUCGCACUGUCGGAAAUCCUUCUCCUUUGGGACAGUUUUGUCACAUCUGGGGUCGUGAAAGGGUUGUGCGAGGGUUUCUGAAAGA